UCAAUCAGAGGGAUAAGAGGAAGAGACUGGUAGGGAGAGACACACAGACAACCUGGUUUUCCUGUGCUUCCAAAGCUGCUAUUCAGUUAUAACAAGGUAACUGAAGAAUAUCUACCUCAACCCAACGUAACCUAUGCAAAUGGACAGGUGUGGACCAAUGGACAAUACUAUCUCACUCGUGCUCCUAAGCCUGCUAAACCGCCACUGUACUGGGACUCAACACACACACACACACAGAGCUGAGCACACAUACACACACUGCUUCGGCAACUCACGCUGACACAUACUCGCAGCAUGGCGUCCUGAGCAGAGUUGAGCGGUCACGGGGGUGUUUGUGUUGUGGGUUGAGGCUGAUAGUAAUCACUGGGUUGUGUUCAUCCCAUCCUUAAUGAAUUGGUAUGCUGCCUACUCUUAACAUUAUAGUGACACAUGAAACGCACUGUUUCCAUGGCAGUAACUUGUAAAGGUACAUCACUGUCACCAUGUAACGUGGUGCUAAUAAGACUUACUAAAUAUACAUAGUUAUUUGUUAAAGACUCUAUUCACACAGUUGACUACAGAAGAAGUCAGUCAGCAGUGUAGUUUUACAUAUCACUGAUGCCGUUAUAUUAGUAAAGGCAGACAGUGUGUACAGUGGGAGAUUCGUGUGGGUCUGUCAUUCUAGUAGACGGCACUCUCCUCUUCUGUCAUUAUCUGACCACCGGGUGCUAUGUUAGACCUCACCCUCCACGCACACCAUCACACACACGCUAGACCAGUCUAACCCAGCUCUGAUCAGGACUAGGGACCAUGCAGCUGUGCCUCACUACAUCUCUAGCACCCUGCUACCUAACCUUGAACCCUGAUCAUUUGUUCAGUGAAUGAAAUAUCAUUUGAACACAUUAGCUUUUGGCUAAGUAUAAAACAGGGGGGAAGCUGUUUGUUCAAAUGCACUGGGUAACAUAUCUGUGUACCCUGUGACAAUGUCCCUGGUGCAGGGACAGCACUAUAGUCAGCCGUCAGCCCAGAGUAAAAGGUUCUUAGUUAUAUUGGUGUAAUUAUGGUCCGUGUCAAGUCAAAGGAUCAUUUAUGUGAAUAACGUUCGUGUCUGGACAUGAAAUGGUCGGCCCAGAGGUUCUCAUUCACUUAAGUGCUGCCGGCUGAGCUGUGCGUCAACACAUGCAUGAUGUGAACAGCAGAAGGACUGGAGGAUAGAAAGCGGAAACAGGAUUCAGUUACUGAGACAGUCCGUUUAUAAUCACUACUUAUAGAGCCAGCUGGAGUGCUAGGGGCGUAGGGACCCGCAACGCAAUGUGCAUUCUUCACAAGUAGGAAUCUCAACUACUCUUAAUCUAAGCUUCUUUGUUAUGUUUUUAUAUCCCUGCCGAAACACUGAUAUGAUGAAAAUGCAGGUGUAAUUUUGGGACUCAAAUGUUGUUUGUGUUGUAUUCAGGCAAAUCUCUGGAGUCACAUCUCACUGAGUUCACAGGGUAGAAAUGCUGUCUGUACGUGUCACCUUUUGUCCACUAACACUGUAGUGGCGCUUUCUGCAGCCACUUCAACCUGCACACACUGAUAUAUACAAACACCGCUCACACACUGGGAAAUGCAUGACUAACAAAAACUACUGGGCCAUUUUCACAGCUUUUCAUUGGAUUUUCUAUUUCAUUUUUGUAAACAGUAUUGUACUGUGAAUAAGAGACAUUCUCUGACUGUAUAAUUGUGUAUAAUUUAGAUUAUUAUAUUUAUGCUGUCAAGUUUCUCCAUUUUGUAAAGUUGUGUUUUUGUUUUCCUGAAACACGUGUAACAGUGUAGAAUGCAAUAGGUUUAAGUGUGUACUUGACUCACAGUCUGAAAACUAUGGUGCUACAAUCUGUAUAACUCUGGACUGUGCCUAAUAUUAUUUAUACAAUAUUAAGAACAUCAAUAACUGUCAAUACUUGGUGCUUGUCCACAGGGACAUUUUAAAUGCUAUUUUCUGGCAUUCUUUCUCGUAUUUAAAAUGCAAUUAUCCAAUUGAAUUGUUUUAAGUCUAGCGUACAACUGUAGACACUGCACGAUUUGAUAAAGCUAUCUUCAACCUACGGCUGACUCCGAGUUAUGAAAACAGGUAACGCUCUCAUUAGAUGUGAUUUUUCACAGUAUUCUUUUGGCAUACUGCGAAACACCCUUUUGCUUUCAGAAACUUGCAAAUUGUUCAGGACUAUUUGUAAAUGCAUGUGACGCUGUGUUUUGUACAGAUAAGUUUGUGUUAAGAAUGGUGUGUAGGUGAAUAAGAAAUGCCUAGAUUGAUUUUGGGGUAUUAUAUUUGUAUUUUAUUUUUUAUUUUUUCAUUUGGUGCUGAUGUGUGACCCACAUCUACAAGCCUGUCAAACAGGUUGGGCUUGGAAACAAGGGAAACAGCAGUGCGGAGUUGUUUAAAUCAGGGCCUUAAUAGAGUGAGUGAAACACCAUGACUGUUCAGUGUCAAUGAGGGCAUGCCAGUCACAUGGCACCGUCUCCUCUGAUAUACACAGGGAAACUCUAUGCUUGUACUAUUAUGUGGUUAACACAUACAGAGGGAGAGAUUUUGAGCUGCAACUAGACUGUCUUGAUUUGUUCUGGAUUGUAAAUCAGAUUUACUUCAUGCUUUUUAAAGAGAAACUUCUACUCUGUGAAACAACAUGUCUUUCAGUCAUUGUAAAAUAAUAUAUUUUAAACGAGAAAAGGUGCUGUUUCAACCAUACAAACUGAUUUCAGAUAAGGUUCUGGGUGCAUUCAAAAGCCAAAACUCAUCUUUCAAUUCUGCCUGUCCUGGGGUAUGUCUUAAAGCCGCCUCCUUCCCAUAGUAUGAGCAUAAUACAUCUGUUGUAAUUACAUGUUAAUUGUUCCAAUAUAACUGUUAGUAGAAUAACUAGUAUGCGUUACGUGGGUUUGCAACAACCAGGCUCCAUUUUGAUCUGAUUGUCAUUUGCCAGUCCUUACUAAUUGAGGAUGUGAAGCAGGAUAUUAAUUUAUCUUCAUUGUUUUGUUUGUUUCAUCUGUAUCUUUGAGGAGAAAUAAGACAUCACAGCUUUAGAGUCACAAUGUUGUCCAGUAGACAACAGUGCUUUGCAAUCAGGAAUGAGGACAAUGAUUUGCUCAUGUCGGUCAUGACCAGAGAAGCUAGUCCCCUGUUAUCAGCACUGACAGGUCUUUUGUAAUUACUGUUAUUGUUGAUGUUUUCAUUAUUUUUUUUGUUUGAUAUAAUUGCAGUUGGUAUCAAUUAUGCUUUUAUUAUGACAUAAGAUUCAGAUCAAAUUGGAAUACUCUUAGACAGACCGUACGGUGCUCUCCUACACUUAAAACAAGGAAAAUGCAGCUACUGAUUAAUACACUUCCUCUCCUGUUGUGCUAGAGGAGGGAAAAGGUUUAAUAAAAUUCAACACAAGCUCGCUUGUUGACUUAUUAUUAAUGUCCCAUCUGAAAAUAUACUUCCUAGUUGGCUGGAGUGGCAAUGUGUGUGGGAGAGAGAAUAAUAUUGUGUAGUGAAUAUUGUUACUUCGACGUACCCCAUUUUAAAUAUGUCCCCUAAAGAAGUACACAUGAUCUCUGGCAAAUUUUAAUACCGUAGUGCAGUAUACUGCUCUAUUAACUUUACAAUUAAGACUGUUUCACAUAACAAGACUCUGAAUCCUGCCAAAGGUCUCACUCAGGAACAUAGCAGAUAUCUUGAAACGAUAUAACACUACUGUAUACGUCACACUUAUCUAUAAACUAUGACUUCAUUAUCUCUUUCCCUAACUCAGGACCAGGGACCUCUCUUAUAUGUUGAUGUAACUUGAAAAAUCAUAUUGGUGCUUGGAGUUGACAAACUUCCUCGAAGAUGUAUGUUUGUCUCCUCAAUUUCUCACUGUCGCACACAUCUAGCCACUCCAGCAAAAGAUUGCAGCUUUGUGUUUGACUGGUCUGACAAUGUCGUGGAAAAUCCUCUUACACUCUCACAAAUGCCUCGUCUCACUCCCUCUCUCUGAAAAGGAAUUAAUGUCCUUUUUUUUAAGUGUUGUGAUCCCUACAUAGGGAGAACGCUGUGUAGUUGGACUGAAUUUGAACUCUAUGUGGAUCAGUAGAACUAAGGGCAGGUUUGAGGUGCAAUAACAGCAAACCCACGUUUCAAAACGCCUUGGGAUGUCAUGGGAACUCUUGUCUGGUGUUGGUGCUAUUAUCUUAGAUGGGUAAUGACAAAUUGAAAUUUGCUUUUGUUUAUUUGCCUUUUUAUGAUAAUUAUUAAUAAAAUGGUUUCUUAUAAAGUAUUUAAUUUGCAUCUCUGCUUAUUGGUGAUAUUCUGCAUGUUGAAAAGGUGAUUUUAUUUAUGCUUUUUAUUCAAAAAAUUGUAGGAUUUGUAUAUGGUGCAUGAUAUUUUAGUUUGUUUUCAAUGAAGGAUUCAGACUAUGUAGGGGUGGAAUGAGUGUCAUUUUUUUACUAUCAUUAUAGUAGUUCUGGUACAUUCUGUAAUAAAGCUAGGCUUAUCAUGGUUUUGACCAAAGAUGGACAGUAGUGUUUUGAGAAUUGUUCUUCAGUUCUGUCUUUAGUGGGGAAUACACAUUUAUGUCCAAAAUGUCCACUAUUGGGGAAUAAUUCAACAUUCAACGUCAUCUUUAUGAAUACUCUCUGAAAUAGUGUUCUGUGAUGUUACGUGCAUGUUUUCAAGCCAUUUAGAAAUGAUAAACAAUUCUUGUAAUUUUUAGUGGAUGAUUUGUGAAUCCUUGACUUUAUCACUUGGCGCUGUUGUCCACCAAGCAGGACAGACUGAACUGAACGACCUUGAUCGUGUGCAAAACAAAGCUGCAGCUGUUGGAUUUCUCCAUGAAACCAAGGCCGUGAGGCACUUUUCAACCCGAGAAGUCUCAACAGCAGCAUCUCAUAGUCUGUCCAUAGAUCCUUUAAUCCGUCAAGAACUCUUAUUUAGCCAACACUUCUUCUGUAUCUAUCUGGCAUGCAGCACAUCCAUAUUCCAUCCACUGUACUUAGUCCAAUAACUGCUGAGAACUUUUUAAAGCCAACGUGUCUGUAAUCAAUCGUCAAUUUGCAAUCGCAUCCUUAGAAUUGCAUCACAAAUGGCUACUUUUAUGAAGAACACUCCAAUAUCUGUUUGUGUAUUGGGGGGGGGGUGCGAAUUUGGCCACCAAGUUUCCUAAGCAUUUUCUUGUAUUUAUUAUUUUGGAAAUCUGUAAAGUAUUCAUAUGCAAGGUGUGAAAUUAGCAUGUUUUAGUCAAAUAUACCUGUUUGGGCUUCUUGCGGUCAAUUUGCAGUCUACAAAUGAUUUUGUCAUUUGUGUAUAUUCUGUUUUGCCGCUGAAUCUAGUUGAUCAUCCCUGAAGAAGAACUGUAUGUAAGAAAUGGCAGGACACAGAAGCAAUGAUAGUGUUGAUAUGCUGUAAUAGACCAGACAUUACCUACGAAAGGCCUUUAUAGAAUUGUCAUUACACGCAUGGUUUUUCUGUCUCCUUCAAACAUCCUCCCUUCCUUUUUGGAGGUGCUUAAAUCGCCAGUCUUUUCUCACCCACAGGGAGGGCAGGUGUCUGUCUGCCACACACAAAACACUCCAUUGUCUGUCUUGUGCUUCCUUUCCCUAGCCUUAUCUCAACCCACCGUAGUAUUCACUGUCCCUCCACAUCUUACAACAUAGGAUAGUUUCUCAAGGACACAUCACAUAGUAUGAGCUGUGUAUUUGGCAGCCUGUCCUCCUUAGCUGAAAGAGGGGCGGUACAUAAAACCCAUCUCCCUCGCUGACCUGACCCAAAACAAGUGUUCCAUCCAGACGUGACUGGACAGACAGGGUUACCAUGAGGCUAUGGUGCAUAUUCUGCUUGAUACUGCUGCUGCCCAGCACAAUGGUCACUCUGCCACACCAGGGCAGACUGAGUGACAGCCUGCUAGGCCGGUGUCAGGAGGACCCCACGCCAGACCACCCAGGAACAGGGCCAGGAGACAACCGUUCAGUGGAGGUUGGAAAAGGUUUGGGAGAGAAUGCCUUAACAUUGAAGGAGACCAUAAACUCCCAUCCCAGCGCUUCUCACCUACCUGGGGACACUCCAUGUUUCGGAAGGAUACCGUCUCAUGGAGAGGUUAUUGAGGAUAUGUUUUCAGCACUUCGUGAAGGUUGGGGCCAGGAAGGCGACCUGAGAAAGGAGGAUUUGACUCGAUUUGGCAUUUGCUCACACUCUGAUGGUGCUCCAGUACCUGCCUUAUCCACACUAGCUGAAGAAGCCAAAAAAGAGAAACAUGGGCUACAUGUUUGGCACCCAACCAAAGAGCUCAUGGAGGGUGAAGUGGAGGGAGGGGGUCUUGUGUUGACCUUCCACCUCCCCCGGCCUCCCCUCUCCAAUAUCAAGCCCAUACUGCUCCUUGCCUUUAGAAACCCCAAAACAGGAGCGCUCGGUGCCAUCACUUUCACCAGUCACUCCCUGCAGCCUUACAAACAGACGGUAUGUAUUUCAGAAGGAACACAGUUCCUCAUCCUAACAGGAAAGCAACCCGAGGGCAAAAGUCAACUGAAAUGGAGAUUCAAUGUUGACACAAAAACACCAGAGACAGGACAAAAGCUGUCUGAACUACGAGGUAUCCUGAUUGGUGACGGAACAAGAAGUGAUGUCAGUGUCAUUCCCCUGGUGCUUUUCUCAACAAAUAGAGGAACUGAUGAAAGAGUGACAGAAAAGCUGAGUCCUUCCCCUGCUCCCUCUGGGACCUACACGUUUCUGUGUGAGCUGCAGAAGUUCCUCAGUGACGUCAUGCCACCACAGAUGCAGUCACAACCAUGGGCUGCUUCGGUACCUCUGUACUCUCUGGACUCUCUUCCCCCCCUGUCCCUUGGGGUGUCGUCCAGUGAGACCCUCCUUGCCAGGCUGCUCAACUCCUCAGCUCCCACCCUGUUCUCUUUCCCCACACAGGGCUCUGUGCUCCAGGGGCAUCGCGGGGAGCUGUCCCUGCAGCCCGCCCUACUGGAGGUGCUCAGGCAGAGGCUGGAGGAGGUUCUGGUCCAGAUGAGGGUGGAGGAGGUGGGCAAAGCAGGAAUGGACAGACUGAGGAGACUCCAGGAACUCAGUGUCCUUCCUAAAGAGGGCGAGGAAGCACCAGCAGGUGUUGGGAGCCCCAGUGAAACGCAGUACCGAGCCCUGCUUCUGCUGAAGGCCCUGCAGACAGUAGUGGGAGCCUGGGAUGUGGAGAGGGGGCAGCGGGCCACCAGAGCAGGCCAGAAGGGCCCAGGGAACCGGCACCUUUGUCGACUGCACAGUCUCACCGUGUCCCUAGAGAAAUACCUGCUGUCUCCUCCUGAGGCCACCAUCUACAACUGCCAGGGAGUCUGCAGCUUUCCCCUGACCAACGGGAAUAACCAUGCUAUCCUGCUUAACAGCCAGAUCCAGAGUGGCCUGGCCCUGGAGCGCUCGCCCUGCUGUGUGCCUGUGGACUAUGAGGACCUCAAGGUGGUGGAGUUGGAUGAGCAUGGAACCAAUAUCUGCUACAAACCAAACAUGGUGGCCAAGGAGUGUGGAUGCCGCUGACUCCUCCAUGUGGUGCAAUGAUUGGUAUUAAAGGGCCAGGGCACCUGGGUUGUUGCACCAUUACUCAAUAAAAGUCAAGUAGAAUUGCAUGUUUUAAAUCAUUGAGUGCAUUUAUUUUGUUUAUUGUAAAUACAUUAUCACAUCUAGUUGUCUACAAUAUUAGCUGAUUUAAUACACAUUUUGUCACUCAGUUAUGUAAAUAGAAAACUCAUUGGCUCAGUGCACAUAUUGGAUCUUUCAAGUACAAUUUGUGCAUUAUCAAUUUGCACCACAUGAUCGUAUUGAAGGCUGAAAGAAUAUAUUGAUCAUCAAAUACGAGAUAGGAACCAGCUCAUCUUAUUGAUUUCUGUAUACCCUUUAAAUAUGAAGAACAUUUAUGCAUGAUCAGAUAAGACUGUAUGGUGCAUUUAAGAUCAUUGUGAUGUACUGUAAAUCAUUUUUUUUCUUUUUUUUUUUUACAGUAGUAACAUUUUAACUACAAUAUAUCCUUAUAUUUCAACAUAAUAAACACACUUUGAUUAGUC